AUGACCGACUUUGACGUGUUAUUAUUAGAUAUUGAAGGAACGACAACAUCAAUAUCCUUUGUUAAAGUAAUUUUCUUCUGUUCUUUGUGAUUUUAUUAUAGGAUGUCCUCUUUCCAUAUGCCAGAGAUAAUGUGGAGAAGUUCUUGAAAGAAAAUAGCUCCUCCGAUGAAGUGAAACCGGUUCUGGAAGACCUUUUGAAGGUUUCAAAUGAACUGGCUGGUCAAGUUUCAGAGGUCACGAAGGUAGAGAGCAUUAGUGAUGUUGAUAGUAUUGUCAAGAACGUCAAGUAUUGGAUUUCCAAGGAUUUGAAGGUAUUUUGAAGCGAUUUUUCUUGUCAGUUUGUUCGAUAAAUACCAAUUAUAUUACACAUGUCCCAGUGAAAAUGGAUCAGCUGAUUUUAGGUACCUAUUUUCAGCUAAAGCCACUAAAAGACCUACAGGGACUGAUCUGGGUCUUUGGAUACAAGAACAACGAUUAUAAGGCUCAGUAAGUUCUAUUUCUAUCUCAGUUUUGAUUCAUAUCCAUUUGAUACCAAGUGUGAUAUAAAUAAUGUUUUAGUGUUUACGACGACACGCCAAGGCUAUUUGAGAGAGCAAGAGAGGCCAAGAUCCCAAUCAACAUCUACUCGUCAGGCUCAGUUUUUGCCCAGAAACUCUUAUUUGGCCAUACUUCCAAAGGAGAUUUGAAUGGAUUUAUAAAAGGAUACUUUGACACUUCCGUUGGAUCAAAAGUGGAAGCGCAAAGUUACAGGAACAUUGCGAAAGAACUGGGAGUGCCAGCGGAUAGAAUUUUGUUCGUCACGGAUGUAGAUAAAGGUAAGAUUUCUUAUUUUUUUAUAUUAUCCUUAACUGAGCUGUAAUUUUUAUGCCUAAAAUUUGAAAAGUUUGAUGAUUUUCAGAAGCCUUUGCCGCUAAAGAAGCUGGUUUAAAGGUGCUGAUCUCUGUUCGCCGUGGGAAUUCUGAGCUCUCCGAUGAGGCCAGAGAGAGGUUCAGUUUGAUUAAGACAUUCGAUGAGAUCGAUCUUUAA